AACUGGGUCGCAUUGCUGAAGGAAGUAUAUCUAAAAGCAGCCACAGAAAACCCUUCUCCUCAUUUCCAUGAGGAAGGAAACAUCGAGACAGGCCCUGAAACCCAGAAUUUUUCUGCAACUAUUCCGACUUCAGUGGAAAAAUUGAGAACAGACUCUUCCAGAAACCACUUUUUCACUGGAAUACUCUUAUGUUUAGAAGAGACUGAAGACCAAGGAAAGAUCAGACAAGCAGCUCAAAACACUGACUCCUGGGGAUCUUAACCGUGGAACAGCUUGGAUUAAAGUUGCAGCAAAAAAAAGUCACAGAAAAACGAGAGAACACAUUAUUCCUUGGCAGAGGUAAUAGCAACUGUUACCAUGUUUGGGUAUCCAUCAGCAGAAUCAAAGAACUGGCUCCACAGGAGCUAUGGCAAUCUUCAAGGGACCACAGGGCAGCUGAAGAGUCGUGUGGAGGAUCUGAAAAAACCAUGGCGAACAGAAAUCACUCCUUCCAUGUUACAGCACAGCGAGACAGCUAGACUGGCCGUGGAUGCCUUCCUGGAGCAGGGUGAAUCUGGCUACCUGCAAGCCAUAGUUCAGGAAAAGGAGCUGCCGUUUCUUUCAACGUUAGACAUGGAUUACAUGAACCAACAUAGCCAAAACAUCACAGGUUCUCCCAUUAAUGGGCACGAGGCAGAACUCACAAGAGAAGAUGGUACAGACAGUGAUUCUCUCCUUUCUGGAGUUACAUCUGGUACCUACUUUCCAUGUAUGUCAGACAUUGAUCCCCCAGAGUUGGAGCUGGGUUGGCCAGUAGUACCCUCUGUCUCAUGGUUUGAGAAAACAGAAGUCAAUUUGUAUUUCCAAAGGGACAAGGCAAACAACAUUAAGGAACUAUUUCGAUCUCUAAUAAGCAAAGCCAAGAGAGUGAUCGCAAUUGUGAUGGACCUCUUCACAGAUAUGGAGAUACUCAGUGACCUGAUGGAAGCUUCAAGCAAACGACACGUUCCUGUUUACUUAAUCCUUGAUGAAAAGAACUUGAAUCAUUUUGCAGAGAUGUGCAGUAAAAUGGAUCUUGGCAUGGACGACUUUCCAAACAUGCGCAUACGCUACGUGAGCGGAGACACAUACUACAGUAAGGCUGGCAAGAAGCUUGCAGGACAAGCUCUUGAGAAAUUCAUGAUGAUUGAUUGUGAACAAGUGCUUGCUGGGACCUACAGUUUUACGUGGCUGUGCAGCCAAGUCCACACCUGCCUAGUGACACAGUUCAAAGGAAAACUCGUUGAGGAUUUUGACAGAGAAUUCCGAUGCUUAUAUGCCGAAUCGAGAUCUGUGAAUAAACUCAGUGCUUCCAGUGCUGAAGGAUCCACUUCCUCUUCUCACACAAACUCGCAGAAGACUGAGCCGGCUUUAAAGCAUUCUCAAAUGAAUGAGAGCGAUAUCUCAAGCCCUUCAAGUAGCUCCUCCAACUCUAGCAUAGUAAGUAUAAAAAGAUCACCAUAUCGAAACCAAGUGACCUCCACUGUGCCCUGUGAGAAGAAAGAAGUGGCUCCUGGUGAAACAAGAAAAGAUGCCCUGGGCUUCCUGAGGCUUUGUGACUUGAAACACCAACCCACAGACCACCCAAACUCUAGUUAUGGCACAUCAACAAAAUUAAAUUUUCCCUUUGAUGAUACAUCUAAUGUUCGAAGAUUUAAGGCAUCUUUGCUAUCAGUAUCUUCACCAAGGUUAGACACCAAUGCAAGAUAUGGACAUGAUCUGCAGUUUGGGACUGAGGAUACUGGAAUAAACAACAAGUUCUUCUAUUCUGCACAGCCUAUGGAAAAUAUAAACAAAAUGCAGAAGGAUGAGAAACCAAUAACUCACAGAUACACCAAACUAGACCUCCUUAGCCAGCCUACUCAUCCACUAAGUAAUGAGAUCAGAUACGCAGUCCCCAAUUCUUCUGACCUCUGUGAUGAUGUGCCAAUGGAAAACAAAAGCCAUAUACAGAGGAAUGAGAAGAGGAUGACUCUCGGGCACAGUAAACUGGAUCUGAUUACUAACUAUAACAAAUCAAAAGCUAAGCAUAUUCACAGUCGAUUUGAGCUGUAAUCAGUAUUUUGGGGUUUCAGCAAGUGGUUCACAAGUGCAGGCAUGACACCUGUAAUAAUAAAAAUAUGGAAGUUCAACAACCCACAUUUUUAACUGGUCUGGCUUUCAGAUUUGGCUGGACAAAACCUGAAAAGGUAUCAUGACAGGCAUAAAAAAACACCUCACAGAGAGACACACAAGAUGAGCUGUCCUCAGAUAUUAGAGGCUUCUAAUGUCAGUGAACUUCUUUGAAUGGUUCUGCCUUUCAUUGAAAUCAGUGGAAGAGCAACCACAUUCCAAUGACACCAGUGUAAGUGCAUUCACAUUUCCUGGCAGAGCCUGAAGAUGAGGAACAUGAGUUACACAAAAUAAAGGACAGGCACAGAAGCGGAACUUAAACCUGCUCUUUGUGCAUAAAGGACAAUCCUGGAAGGCUCUCUAUUCAGAGCUGCUACAGAUAGCAAUGGUAUAUCUGUGCUUUGAAAUGUGUGUGCCCUGCCAUCUUCUCUCUCCUGUACUACUCCGUCCUCACUUCUCUUCCCUUCUCUCCCUAGUGUGGCACACAAGUAUUACUCUGCAAUAUACAACAUACAAGAUCUCUUUUUUAAAAAGAGAAAUGCAUUAACCUGUGAUCCUGCUGCCGGUGCCGAAAUAUGAAAUUACAUGAAACCACUAUUUAAGUUCCUGUGUCAUGUCAAUCACAGCCUCUAUUCGUGCAACAAAUGUUUUCUUUUAAAAAAUCACUUUGGUUUGGGUAGAUGAUAU